AUGGCCAGCAUAGAUUCUCAAGGGCAUGAGAUACUUUGCGCUUUACCGACAGCGCUCGCCGCUGUGCAGCUCAUGCUGGAUGAAACCCACCAGGAACAGCGCCUUGAUCCCCGAGACGAUACUCAGUAUACCCUUGGCAGUAUUAGAGACCACAACGUCGCCAUUGCAUGUCUAUCGGCAGGGCAGAUUUUCAUUGGAGCGGCUGCUUCCAUAGCUAGCAGAAUGAGCACAAAGUUCCCGCGGGCGGUGUACCAGGAGACGCUCGAUCCGAUAUCAGAUUAUGAGAUGUUGUUUACGACCUUGGAAAAUCCUUGCCUGAAGGAUUCAAAACGGACUGGGUUUCUCGACUCUCCGCCACAGCCUCUCCUCCAGGCGCUUGUAAAUCUCCAAGCACGCCACCUUGGUGGAGAUCACGGUCUAACGACGCACCUUAACCUUAUAACAAAUUCAGCAAAUUUCAAGCGGCCUGGUCCUGAAUCGGAUGUUCUGUUCGAAAGCUUCUGCGAGGACCCAAAUGAGAGGCCGAACUGCAGCGACUGUGAUCGGUCUCAAAAGGUUAACCGGGAGUCUCGGGAACAUGGCUCGGUUAUUGUCCAUCACGGCGCGAUAUCUUGUCGGAAUCGUGUCGGAAUCGUGUUAUAA